AUGGGGCAAGCCUCGCUUGCAACCUUUUAUGUUGUGUUCGCCAUCCUCACCAUCUUCUUGAACACAGAGUUCAUUGGCACUUGGAAUGCGAAUGCUAUUUAUCGAACAGUUUCCACGGCACUCAGUGCGUAUCCCUUCCACAAUCCAGCACACGGAGCCAAUGGCACGUCGACAAGGCACAUCGACCACGUUCAGGAUCCCGAACAGGUCUACCACUGGCUGAAGACGUCGCUGAAGCCUGUGAUCUUCGGCGAACAAGAGCCAAUGUCGAGCCGAAGCAGCUGGGGUAAUUGGUCAUCCUGGAACCAUAGUGUCACCCCAGCAACCGUCGGCAGCUUCAAUCGCAUUGUUUUAGCACGUUUCACAUUCAAGCGUUGGGCUGUGGUGCCGACAGUGGGCCAGUUCAGUUCGUCAACUCCCAACCGACUCGCAGGCUUUACACGAGCUAUGAGCCCUUUCGCAAGAAGUGCUGAUGAGGAGACGACAGAUCUGUGUAGACCCGGACAGAACGUUUCGUCGGAUAGUUGCUACACCUGGCAGACAGAGCAUGCUUUCGAUCAUGCUGGAGGAUACGUUUCAUUCCUUGACCCGAUGGAGGGUGUACAAGCAUACGAUGCAUUGUUGGACAGCAUGUACGAAGCCAACGCGUUCGAUCUGAGAUUGGGCUCCUUCACGGUAGACUUCAUCGUCUACAAUGCCAACGUCGACAUGUUUGUACAGUUUAUCCUCCACUUCACCUUCGAUUUUGCCGGCAACAUCGAAAUGACGCAGAUAGCGCGAAGCUUCAACCUGAACGUAUUCAACACGGAUGUCCUGCUCUAUUUGGUCUUCUACAUCAUUCGCAUCGCCUGUGUGGUUAUGCUGGUCAUCUUCCUUCUCAUCGAGUUUCGACGGAUGUGGGACCUGGGGUUCUUCCAGCACUUCAGGAGGCAAGGUGCAGCAACGGACCUGGUCUCCAUCACCGUAUCACUUGGUGUUUUUCUGUCCUACUGGGUGAUCGAGCAGAUGCCAUCAUUUUCUCAGUUCCAGUUCGAGGACCUGCAACAUCCGGACACACGAGCAGCCGCCUAUGUUUCUCUGUGCGAGGUUGCUUCAAGCCUGCAGGAUCAAGGUCUUCUCAUUGCUCUCAACCUGCUUGUGGUGAGUUUGAGAACCGUGAGCCUCGUGUCCGGCUUGCACAGCAACCUCGGUCUCAUACAGCAGGUUCUUCAUGUCUCCCUGCCGAAUUUUGUGGCCUUCUUUGGCAUGUUCAUGAUGCUACAGGCCGGCUUUGUGCUCAUGAGCUUCUUCGCAUUCGGAUCCGGGUAUUUGGGGAUGAGUGACAUCGGCCUCUGCAUCUACAAAAGCUUUGCGAUGCUGACCGGUGACAUGGUUUUCGAUGACAUCUACCGGGUGGAUGAGAUCUUGGGCAUCAUUUACUUCUUUUUUUUCUACAUCCUGUUCUACUUGGUGCUCAUAAACAUUUUUGUGACCCUGCUGAUGAGCGGUUAUGAUGUCGUUGACUAUGAGCUGCAGAAGAGGGGCCUGAAUGAAAAGGAACAGAAUCCGAUCACUCUCAUCUUCGAAGAGCUCAAGGCAGACGUCGUUGGAAACAUUUUGAAGUACGGUGCCACGGUCAUCAAGUAUGCAACGAUUUGCCUGGACCCUAUUGUUGUAUCCAUCAAGGCAUGCUUCUUUUGUUCCACGCCAAGCUUUCUGACCUCGGGAGUCAGGACGAAGCAACGCACGGCUGGCGCGGCAGAUGUUCAUGACGCACAAGCUCAGAAUUCAGAGGUUCAACAUGAUCCAGAGCAACGGCUUCGAAGGAAUCUGGUGGGCUUCACAAGCAUGAUCGUUUUCAUGGCCGUGUGGAUCACCUUAAUGACCUUGCAGGGUCGAGGUGUUGACAGCUUUCUUGCAUCCAAGGCCACUCUGCAAGAAAGUGCCUUGGACGUCAUGUUCUCCAGGGACGACAACCUCAAGAACUUCGACAGCAUCCACACAUUCGCUGACGUCAAGCCUUGGGCCGAAGCGGCGAUUGUCGGGCUCUACAGCAACCCUACAUGUGCUGAGCAGACGGCCUCCGGAGGCAGUUGGCAAAGCGAUGCCGACUGUAACAGUGCCAACAACUCGCAACAACUCAUCAACCGCAUCGCGAACUGGAAUAUCGGAUUUCUGAACACAACUUUCGUGCGGCUGACAGUUCAGCCAGCUUGCUUCGUGGCGACGUCAUCUCGAUGGGCUUCCGGGUCACCCACUUUGCGGAGAACGCCAAAUGUCGAAUGCUGGAACUCGGUGUGCACUGACGUUUUUUCACAGGAGCUGUGCAGAACUGCCGAUGGGCAGAUUCUUGACACUGCGAGCUUGUCCAUGGCCGUGAACCUCACCUCCCAGCUGCCGGAAACCUUCAAAUUUCAGUACGAUGUGCCCUCCAAAGAUCUGGGGCCUUUUCGAAUGUUGGGUGGCCUGGCAUUUUCCUUGGGUGUCACGGCAGCCGAGUGCCAGGAGAUGCUUUCUCUACUUGGUGCAGACAGAUGGUUCAGUGAGAAUUCUGCCUCCAUGGUCUUUGACUGGAUCAGCUACAACGGCAAUAUGGAUUUAUUUACGCACAAUGUCGUCGGGUUCAGUCUUAUGCGGACGGGUGUGAUGAUCAGAUCUACCGAGUCGAAGACCUUCCCAAUGAAUGUUGACACAGGAGGUGGGUAUUUCCAUUUGCAGACCUUGGUCCUCAUGCUCUUCGGAAUUUAUGCUGCACUCCUCUUGUAUCAUAUCGUGGAAAUGUGCCGGACCAUCCACCAUGAGUUCAAAAGGUCCCGUUACAUGCAGAAGCCUUUCAGCAAGUUUCUUGCGGAUUUCCUGUCCCAGACAUGGAACGUGGUGGACUUGCUGUCUCUCCUCAUCUCCUCGGCGACAUUCGUGACAUUCAUCGUCUUUGUAAUGAACACCUUCAGAGCCCAGUACCAGUUCAGCGUGGAUGACCUGGCCAAGUAUGUGGUGCCAAAUGACGCGGCGCAAGCUUUUGCCAUGCCCCAGGCAGUCAACCCUGUUCGAUACCUGGAGGAUGAUUGGUACUUCUUCAAAGAGUUCGAGCUUGUACAGAGCAUUUACAGCAUUUUCCUGCAGUUCGCUGCACUGAACAGCCUUUUCAUUGCCAUCAAGACCAUCAAAAUCGUUAACAGGUUUGGGAAGGUCAGCAAGUUCAGCCAGACCUUGGCCAAGGGCAGGAGCCGGAACAUGUACUUUCUCAUCGUCAUCAAGCUGCAGAUGGUGGGCUUUGCCUUGGCAAUGACGGUAAUCUUCGGCACAAUGGUGGAGGGAUUCAGCAGCCCCAUCGCAACCAUGGGCUCUCUGCUGUACUGGGUUUGUGGUUGGGCAGACCUGGAUCCGCUCUUGCAGGCAAGUCCAAUCCUUGCGAUCCUUUUCUUCGUCGCUUUCAUCGUCAUUUUCAGAUUCAUCAGCACGAACAUGUUCCUAGCCACCCAGCUCAACACGUUCGCGGACUUGGUGGGCGAGAGUGACAUUCUGGCAGCAAAGCGUGCUGCCAGCGCCAAAACGGGAAUCAAGGAGGUGAGGUACGGCAGCAAGAAGGAGCUCCAGGACACCAAUGAAGACACGCUUCGUGGCGUCCUUGUGACAAAGACAAUUACCUUCGUUCUGCCCACAGCCAAGCUACAUGCCGGUAUGUAUGGUUGUAAUGGAGCUUCGCGGUAG